UGACAUUUGGCUUGUCACUCCUCUGUUUCUGUCUAAAUAAAUAUUUUUGUUUCUGUUUUGAAUCUUGAAUUAUUCUUUCAAAUGUAAUUGCUUUAAUGACUGUUAUUUGGGAGAAAGCCUUCGAUAUUUGUGAAAUAUCACAAACAGAACAAAAAGAUGGUUUUACAAGUUACAUUAUUGAUGUCAAAGUAUCCCAUUGCAAGUGGCAUGUUUCUCGAAGAUAUAAACAGUUUGUUGAACUUCAUGAGAAGAUGGUUAAGGAAUAUGGUGUUGAUAAAAAUUUGUUACCACCGAAAAAGAUCUUUGGCAAUAGAUCAGAAUCUUUUAUAUGUGAACGGAAAAAAGCUCUAGAGCAUUAUCUUCAGUCACUGAUUCAGCUAUUCACAAUUCUACCUGAACCUCUUGCAAUUUUCUUGGAUUUUCAAAAAUAUGAAGUAAGAGCCAUUACUGCCGCUCUCUCAGAGACUUUCUUCUCUACAGGUGAAGAAAUGCUUCAACGUGGUGUUUCAUAUGAAUUUACUCCGACUCAACUGCAUGCAAUAUCUGAAAGAUUGAAACUGGGAGAUCCAUCUUAUUUCAAGAACCCAAAACAAGACAUAGCACAUUUAGUAGAGUUUGUGACACAGUUGAAGCAUUUAAUAAUAAUUGGUAGCUCUGAGUGUUUGGAACAGAGUAAUAUUAUCCCUAAUGAACUUUCUUUUGAUCUGUCUUUGUUUAAAAGUGCUGUUACUCUUGAAGUAUACAACUGCAACCUGGCUAAGAAUUUAACCUCUGUUGAUAUUUUGCGGGCAAAUUUAAAGACAUUAAUUGUUCAUAAAACUUUGGAAAACAUAGCAGAUAUUUUACUUUGUGGCAUACUUCAUUGGUGUCCAAUUACAGAUCCUCUUCAUACUUGGCCUUUUUGGAAUUCAAUUACUUUUCUCAACUUCAGCCACAAUCGAAUCACAAAAAUACAUACUUCAAUUAAACUUUUAUCUUCUGUGAAGCACAUUGAUUUAAGUCACAAUGAAAUUCAAGUUAUAGAGCACAUGGAAACAUUAUCUGAAUUAUCUGUUUUGAAUUUAUCUCAUAACAAAAUUCAAGAGGUUGAUUCUCUUCAUACUAGACUGGGAAACAUUCACUCAUUAAAUCUGUCAUCAAACAAAAUCAAGAGCUUGCAAGGGUUUUCCAAGUUAUUUUCUGUAUCUGAACUUCUUUUAGAAUACAAUUUGAUAUCAUCAUUACCAGAAAUCUCUCACAUUAGUAAACUACCCUGUCUUGAAACGUUGAGUUUACAACACAAUCCUGUCACACUUUGUGUAGAUUAUAGGCCCCAAGUCUUACUACUUUUUGGAUCUCUUGCUCCUGAAUUAACACUUGAUGGCUUAAAAGCUACUGAAAAAGAGAUAGAUACUGUGUCGAUUUUGCAAGCCUUAAAACAAGCUCGAGGAGAAAAUUCUUCCUCGUUGGUCAAUCAAAAUCUUUCACAGGGAGAAAGCAUUUCGAACUCUUAUAACCAUCAUCAACAAAUUCAAAAAUAUCAAGAACAAAAUUCUCCAGGAGAAAACACAACUAAAAAGAUUAUGAGCAACGUUAAUCGGUCAUCAAAAUUUCGUCAUCAAGUUGAAACUCUCAGGAAGAUUGGUGGAAGUGAUUGGUUGCGUCUGUUAAAUGAGAUACACAAUUCUGAGGUUAAUGCUGAGGUGACAUUGAACAAAUUCGAUGCCUCUUUCUCUCAUAGUGAUGAUUCAUUACAAUAUGGUAGCAUGUUUGUUGGAAAUAAAUCCCCAAAUGUUGCAACAUCUCAAACUGUGGAAAGAUUUACAUCAAGUAUGGAAAUUUCUUAUCCUGACUGGCUUUUAAGUUUGGAUGCUUCUGUUUUUCAAAUUGAACAGCAGUUGGUGGGUCAACAAUUUCCUGACACAUCCGAUAGUGUUUUCAAUCACUCAAACAGGGAUUGUUCUACACUUAUAAAAACUUCUAAAUUAUUGUGGGUGGUUUUGCUUAAUCUCAAAGACUUAGUUUCUGAAAUUCCUAUAUGUAUAUUAAUGAGACACGAUGAAAUAGUAUUUUUAGAGUUGAAAAAAAUUUCAAAGAACUCUUCUUCCCUUGAAAAUAAUCAUAAUUUAACUCCAGAAUUUUUAUUUAUUAGAUCUAUCUUACCUGCAGAUAUAGUUUCGCUUAGUGUUGGUCCCUGUGACGCUUACACUGAAAUUAAAGUUAAAUCCAAUCAUAAUAAUCAUGAAAAUAUUAUAGUGUUAAUGAUGGAUAUUGAUACAACAGAUGCAUUUGUUUCAGAAUGUCAUAAUUUAUAUAAUAUCAUGCCAGUGUACAAAUUGAACCCUUUUGCAAAGAAAAUGCUGGAGCUAGAAAUCAUGAGUUCAAAUUUCUCUCUCACAGAUGUUUCUGUGCAAAAGCAAAUUUUGUUUGGUCAACGUGUUUGUGUGUCUAAAGUGUUACAUAAAUGCCAACAUGGUAUUCUCCAUUAUGUGUUCGUUACUCCAUCUCAUGUUAUAUUGGUUGAAGAGAGGCUUCAUAUUCUGUCAUCAAUGAUGCAAGAAACAAGUGAUAGCAUUUCUCAGCCUCAGUUUCAAGUGUGUUCACUUGUUAAUGUUCAUUCUAAUGUAAAACAAAUCCACUUAAAAGAUUUUCCAGAGGAAUCAGAUAACAGUAAUAAUCUAUCUCAGUCAAAUAACCAAACUGUAAAAAGUAAUAUAUUUUAUGUAGAAGAUAAUUUAGAUAUACUUUAUAAAUGUGGAUCUUGGUUAAUUAUUGAAUUUGAUUCAAAUUCUUCACUGUAUUUAAAUUUUUUCAGUCUGAAACAGAGAAAUCAGUUCUUAGACACCUUUUUAUGUGUUCGUAACCAAAGAUAAUGUUUAUGAAUGUUAUACAUGUAUAUAUACUGUUGAAUUGUUAUGUGAUGCAAUAAAUUUAUUCUAUCAUUUAA